AUGCGCUCGCCGCGAGGUAGUUCGGCUGGAAAGGGCGCUCUGCUCUGCGCUCGGCGUGCGGGGAUCCACCCUGAACCCGCCAGCAAAGUCAUAGUGCGAAAGCCCAAAACUGUGGGGAAACGAUGUCUGCAGUCUACACUCUACAGAGCUUUCCCAGGACCACUUCCUGACCCCGACAUCAUCGCAUCGGGAGAGAAAUUACGCCAGCUGGAGUCCCCGCCACUCAUAGCUCUUGUUUUAGAAGGUCUCUCAACUUUGGAGCUGGUUCCGUCCAAAUUUGGGCCUGUGCCUCGAGGCUCACCAUUGUCUUACCAGUGCCCACCUGAGAAGUCCUGCGACGUCAUCAUUAUACACCACACAGCUCCAGACUUCCCUGCUCUUCCUUUGAUGUUUCACAGUCUUACAAACAUGAGUUUUGUGCCUACUCUUGGUCAACUAAGGCAUCUUCAGUCUCUGCAACUGUCACUGGAUACGUCUUCAAAAAUAGAGGCUGCAACCAGGGAGCAGUCCAGAUGUCCUGCAUGGGUACAGCUUCGCCAGCCAAGGCUUACAGCUAGCCGUUUCCGGGAUGCUUGUAAAGGAAGUGCUGAGGAGGAGUCUGUAGCCACAGUACAUGCAGCUAGGAUGAUCAGGGGGUUCACAAAACAAACAGCUGCAAUGAAGCGCGGUCUGCAGAUGGAGCUCGAGGUGCUGACGAACUAUGCUGAGCUGAUGAGUGUUAAUGUACUCCCUGUGGGAUUUAUCAUUCACCCCGAGGCACCACAUCUUGGGGCAAGUCCUGAUGGCAGGGUGUAUGACCCAUCAGAAUCACCCCCGUUUGGACUGGUAGAGGUUAAAUGUAGUACCAAAAAUGAUGUGUCCCAGGUGGCUCACCUUAAGGUUCAGGAUGGCUCUGCAAAUGUGAGGCGCUCACAUGCGUACUACUGGCAAGUACAGGGCUGGAAUGGUGCGACUUUGUCACAGACACACUGA